GCGGAAAUGACGAAGCCUGCGGAAGGAAACCGGCCCGGGCCGUUGCCGAGGGGACGGACCCGGGCAGGUGCCAACAUGGCAGCGGCGGGCGCAGGCGGAGGGGACGCGGCGGCAGGGGCAGCGGCUGGAGCCGUCGGGCCGCCGGGGGGGCACCACCAGCCUGGGCUACCCAGCGCAAGUCACCACCGGUGGUUGAAACAGGCAUCGCUGGCAGUGCUGGUGGUACAGAACGCGUCACUGAUCCUGAGCAUCCGCUACGCUCGGACCCUGCCCGGGGACCGCUUCUUUGCCACCACUGCCGUGGUCAUGGCCGAGGUGCUGAAGGGAGCUGCCUGUCUCCUGCUGCUAUUCGCACAGAAGAGGGGGAACGUGAAACAUUUUGUGCUCUUCCUUCAUGAAGCUGUCCUGGUCCAGUAUGUGGACACAUUGAAGCUGGCAGUGCCCUCCCUCAUCUAUACCCUCCAAAACAAUCUGCAGUAUGUGGCCAUCUCCAAUCUGCCAGCUGCCACCUUCCAGGUCACAUACCAGCUGAAAAUCCUUACCACAGCCCUGUUCUCAGUCCUCAUGCUCCGCCGGAGCCUGUCCCGCCUGCAGUGGGCCUCCUUGCUCCUGCUCUUCCUGGGUGUGGCCCUCGUCCAGGUCCAGCAGGCAGGUGGUAGCAAUGGGUCACCACGCCCAGGGGGCCAGAACCCUGGCGUGGGGCUGGCAGCUGUGGUGGCUUCAUGCCUGUCAUCAGGCUUUGCUGGCGUUUACUUUGAGAAGAUCUUGAAGGGUAGUUCAGGGUCGGUGUGGCUGAGGAACGUACAGCUGGGCCUCUUUGGGACUUUGCUGGGCCUGGCAGGGCUGUGGUGGGCAGAGGGUGGGGCCGUAGCCAGUCGAGGCUUCUUUUUCGGCUACACGCCAGCUGUGUGGGGGGUGGUGCUGAACCAGGCCUUCGGUGGCCUGCUCGUGGCCGUAGUGGUCAAAUACGCGGACAACAUCCUCAAAGGCUUCGCCACCUCCCUCUCCAUUGUCGUUUCCACAGCAGCCUCCGUCCGCCUGUUUGGCUUCCAGGUGGAUCCACUCUUUGCACUUGGGGCUGGCCUGGUCAUCGGGGCCGUCUACCUCUACAGCCUGCCCCGAACUGCUGCCGUGGUCACUCCUCCCCCUCUGAACACAGCACCGCUGGCCAGUGGCCGCCAUGCGGACCCUGAGGAGGAGCCCUUCCUGCCCAAGCUGCUGGCCAAGGAGAAGGGGUCGUAGCCACCCCCUUGUCUGAUUGGGGGACCGAAGAUUCCCAGCACCUCCCAUGUCUGCUCUGAGGAUCCCCUGGUCCUGUGGCUUCCCUGUGGAACUGGAGGCAGCUUCUUCAGUAUUAAGGCGUUAAACAUUCUCUUCCCUCCCCCCACCCCUCUGCUUUGCCAAGUUUGGGCUGAUGGGGAUUCAGGGUCUUCUCCUCUAACUCCCCAGGGUUAACACUACUGACCUCUGAUCCUCCCCUGUUCAUUGGCUGAGACUUAUACAAAGUAUUGAUUGAGCCAAGUUCUGUAGGGAAUAUUUCCUCUGAAAAUAAAUUUGUAACAGCUUC